UUAACACUAACACUAAAUUCAAGUAUGCGGAAGGAAAAUAUUUAAUUGUUUAUAUUUAUUUAAAAAGAGAUAGUAUUAAGAAGACUGUAAACAGCACUUAAGAAGGGGAAAUUCUAUAUCAAAGAAAGAUAGAGAAGAAAAAGUGCACAAAUGUUCGCCAAAAAGAAAAGAAACAAAAAAUUCGGCUGAGAUUCUCUGGGUAAAAGGACAAGAAAAACCACAAAAAAAAAAAAUACACUCUGUGAGUGGAGUUGAAUUUGUGGAGUGAGAGAGACAGAGUGUAAAGAAAAAAAAAGUGAAAGCAAAAGUAUUGUUCGAGGAACGCCAAAAACGCUAAAGGUUGGAGAAAAAAUUCUUUAAAAUAUUUCAAAACCAAUAUGCAAGUGAAAGGGAGUGGCCUUUUGAGGCUGCUCCUGGACUGUAUAUCUUUACUAUUAUGUUCCGGUUUAUCGACUUCGUCUGCCACUCAUCUGCGUGGCUCCUUUGAUACGCAAGAUUUCUUCAAAUUUCUCAUUAAAUUUGGUUUUCAAAAAGCUGAAUCGCACCGUCCGCGGGAUUCAUUCGGUUACAUUUAUGGCAAUAUCACUGCCUAUCAAGCAUUUCCUCAGCCAAUCACUUUGGCAGUGUUGGACAAAUCUACAUUUGUGGAUUUCUAUAGUAAUCGCAGUGCCAGCAUUUUCGAUCGUGAGAUGGCAUGCAGGCGUAUGUUCCAACGUAUCCAGGUAUUGGCUUAUGACGUUGAUUGCAAUAGUCACGGUAAGAGAGAUUUCCUUCGGCGCAUACCCUGUCCUCAUGGGCAUUUGUGUGAGGAUGAAGAUGCUCCCGGUAACGUGGUGCCAGGCAAUCAGUUUACCUAUGUCAUCAGUGAGGUAUCGCAGCCCAGAUUCUGGUAUGUAGCCAUGGUGGCUUGCUAUCGCAAUCGUUCCACGUGCCAAUGGCAUGCUUAUGAUACUUUAACUGCUCCGGCCGCCUUCCUUAAUAACACCAUUCACGAACUACAUUACGAUAUUCAUGUGGUUAACGGUCAUCCCAAUAAUUCGGCUGCUCAUCCUUUAACCUACGAGUUCUCUUUUGAUCAACAAAAUCUUUUGGAAAUGUAUUUAAUAUUUUUGCUAGUCUAUAUGGUACUACUGCCAAUGCAAAUUUAUGCGGUGCGUUUGCAAAAGCAUCCUGUUACCAGGCUCUUCACCCUCAGCUUACUAAGCGAAUUUGUAAGUUUGGCUCUUAUAACGGCUCAUUUAAUCAAAUUUGCCGUUAACGGUGUAGGUUUGCCGAAUAUGCAAACGUCUGGUGAUAUAUUGGACAUAUUUAGUAGGACCACUUUUAUGUUGAUUUUAUUGCUUUUGGCAAAAGGCUGGGCUGUAACCCGUCAGCAAAUUAGUCGCACCGGUUGGAUUAUAUUAAUGAGCAUUUGGGUGCCAUAUUGUGCUUUCCACGUGUUCCUGUACUAUUGGAAUAGAACUGAAGUGGAUAUUGUGUCUGAUGUUGAUGAAUAUCAAACUUGGCCAGGCUGGAUCGUUUUGAUAUUACGCACCACAUUCAUGUUGUGGUUUCUAUAUGAGCUACGCAAUACUAUGAAGUACGAACAUUCUUCGAAGAAAUUAGAUUUUCUUUUGCACUUAGGUGCUUCGAGUCUGGUAUGGUUCAUCUACUUACCAAUUGUAGCAAUAGUGGCUUUACAAGUUAGCCCCAUGUGGAGGUAUAAACUAUUAUUAGGAAUAACCAAUUCAGCCGAUUGUUUAGCUUAUUGUGUAAUGACUGGUUUACUAUGGCCGAAUCGAUCGGGCCAAUAUUUACUCCUAACAGGCACUAAAUAUGCGGGAAUGGACGAACUGGAUGAAUUUAAUGAAGCACCUCAUAUAGUGCGUGAACGAGAACGUAGGCAAAAUUCUUUAGAUAAUGGAAUAGUAGAAGUAAUAACAUCUCAUCAUUCUAAUAAUAAUCAUUCGAUAGCUAUUAGAACUAAUGCUACUGGUAAUGCCCUAAGUGAUGAAAUUGUUAAUCCAGCUAAUGAAGGUUCUACCAAUUUACUACACAAUGAAGAAUUAGAAGCCGAUUUAUUAACAGAUCUUAAUAAAAAUAGUCAUAUUGUGGCAUGAAUGCAAAGUUUGAGAUAUAUAUAUAUAUAUAUACAUACAUAUAUUUAUAUAUAUAUAUGUAAAGAUUUUUAAACGUCACUGUAACGAUACUUUUCUCCAAACACAGGCGCAAUUAAUCAACUAGUGCUUAUGAAAAUGGUUUUUAUUGUAUUAAUUAAAAAAAAAAAAAACAAAAACAAAAAAAAAUAUAAAGUUAUAUUUUAAAAAAAUUUAGCUUUAGUUUGACCAGAAUCUCUGGCUAAUAAAGCUGGAGAUUAAGUAAGGAAACGUGAUAAUUAUUAUUAUUAUUAUUGUAAAUUUUAAGAGUUUUGAGUAAUUUUCUCAAGUGUUUUUCAAAACCUCCAUUUCAUUAUAAUCCUUUAAUGAUCGCCCUCUUCCAGCUCCUUCACAUUUUUAAGCACACAACAUUGCAGUCAGUCAAUCCAUUCUUGUUAGUGUACAAAAGCAUAAGCAACAAAAAGAAGGAAAAAAACUUAUUUUAAAAAACCCCUUAGAGCAGCAUACAUACUGAAUACUGAAUGUAUUUGUUUUUGUAUCCUUAGGAUAUGCGACUUAUUUUAAAUCGUGUAUAGUUAUAUAGUUUAAUUUUUUCGUUUCUUUUUUUUUUUCUUUUUUUUUAAUUAUAAAAUAUAAUAACAUAGGUAAGUUUUUACACACAACGCGUAUUGUUUGCCAUUUUUGUGAUCAAAAAAACAACUACAAAUGCAAAAAAAAAAAAAAGUAAACAAAGUUUUAAAUGAUUUUUUUUAAUAAUAAAAACGUAGAUUUUAAGAACAUAUUGCAAAUUUAGAAACAAACAAACGAAAACGAAAAAAAACUAAUUUUUUAUAAACUUUUUAUUUUCAUACUUAUGC